ACUAUUACAUGUAAAAAACAAUUAAACAAUAAGGUUGUUAAAACCAUUAUUACCCGAUACAUUAUUUGUAUUAAUUCAUCUAUUUUGUAUUGCCUUAAAAGGCAUAUUCCUGGUAUGAGGACAAUCUGCCUUCAGACUACCAUCAGGGCAAAGAAACUCCACCACCCAUUCAACUUCCGCGUGUGUGUCACACCGUUACGAGUCCUCCCGUUAACCAUAAUAGGAAUAGAUAGAGAAGCCGUUGGGGUGGAGCAGCUCUGCCAACACAAAUGGAGCUGGGAGUCAGUCAGCGAUAGCGACAUGAACCGUCUCCCACCAGCCAGCACCGGGCCCGUCUCUUCGCCUCUCUAGCUGACUCCGUGACCGGAGCAGACGGCCCGUAUGGCGGCUCUGUCUUAUCUCGUGCUCCGCUUUUCGGGCUCCGCUGGUCGGACUUACGGAGUGUUUUCCAAAGGCUUGACGAGGACUUUGUUGAUAUUUUUUGAUCUCGCGUGGCGACUGCGAAUCCGAUUCCCUUAUAUCUACCUGGUCGCGUCGAUGAUGUUUAAUGUCAGGUUACAGGUAAUUAUUCAACAAGUGCAACGGACGGGAGACGAAGUACCAACUUUAAACCCGUUUGUCCUCUUCAGGUCCACAUUGAAAUCCACUGAAUCUUCAACGCCCGUAUUUGGACUUUAAUCCAUCAAUCGUGGGCAUCGCCAUGUUUCAGCCCUCUGAAAGAAACCGUCUGGCACUGCACAGCGACGUAGAGGAAGAGGACGCUUAAUUCUGUGUGACGGUGCAACAAAGUGACCCGGCUGGUUGUCGCCCAGUGCCUUCGCAGGGGGAGGACGACAGUGGAGACUGCAAUGAUGUGUGAGGGUGGAGGGGGAACCGAGGCCUCGCGUUAACCCUCUUAGCUCGCCACAUGAGAUCCAGGAGCCACCCUUCCUGUCCGCGGAUCGUGAACAGUGGAUUGUGACACUGCCUCUUCUCUCUGGAUAUUGAGGAUUUUUGCGUGGAGUUGAAAACAGAUGAUUGUUACUGUGGUACUUUUGUGGCCACUCUUCAUUGUUUCACAUGUAUCCUUAUUAGGUGCUCAGUGUCAACAUCUCACUUUAAUUUAAAACGUAAAUAUCUACUUCGCAUGACACAAACAAGCAUGUUUUUUUUGUCUGUGGCUCGGACACUUUUUAUGGAUGUUUGCAGCAGAGCAGCACGGCUGCCACUAUGGGAAGCCUCAAUGGGAAUCGCUGCAUGUCGUCUCACUCAUUGUGGUUCUUUCUGCAUAUCUCUGGAAAGCUGUUGGUGAAAAAUGUUUUACCGCAAAGUUACUUUUUUUGCUGCAUUUGUUUUUAUUUCUGUGAAAAAUGUGGGGGGGGGGG